CAUCCCAAUUGAUGUCAAAGCAGAGCUAAUCUUCUCUUGUGUUUUGGAGUGAAAAUGGCAUCUUCGGUUGUUGAGGGUGAUAAGUACCGUUCCUACUUGAGUGGGGACGAUGAGAAGAAUACUGAAUGGAGAUAUGGUGCUCCUCCUAACUAUGAUGUUGUGAACAAACUCUUUGAAGAGGGCAGAACUAAGAUAUGGCCUGCUGGGUCACUGGAAGAAAAAGUGCAGAAUCUUGUGAAGACAUGGGAAAUGGAGAUUUUCCAUAAGACCAACCCGAAUGAAUACAAAUCACUUGAUCCCAAGAAGUAUACUUUCAGCCUUAAUGGAAGGAAACCGAUAAAUUUUGGGCAACUCCGCCAACUUGGAGGGGGCUAUAAUCCAUUGAUGCUGACCUCCUUGCCUGAGAAGCUCCGGGUCUAUAACCCAGCCGAUGAAACCGCACAGACAUCUCACCUGGCCUUCACCACCGCCUUCCCCCGAGGUUUUGCACUGGAGAUUCUCCAUGUUUAUACAGGGCCACCAGUGAUUGUGUACAAAUUUAGGCACUGGGGCUUCGUGGAGGGUCCUUUUAAAGGACAUGCACCCACCGGAGAAAUGGUAGAAUUCUUUGGGAUGGCAGUCUUUGAGUUAGAUGAACAUAUAAAAAUUGUGAAGGUGGAGUUCUUUUACGACCGUGGGGAACUGCUUGGAGGUCUUCUAAAGGGUACUGCCAUGGAUGGUCCUGCCAUUGAGGCAUCUUCAAGCUGCCCUGUCCUGAGGAGCACAAUGUAGAAUGAUGCCCUUCCUCCUACAUGUGUAUACUUUUGUGGCGCCGGGUUGAACGCAAGAGCAUGGUUUGAUAGUCAAUAAGCACUUAAACAAUCUCCAGUCCCACCCUCUAGCUUUGGGUUUUCAAGUUGGCUGGCUUGGAUCUAAUGUAUGUGUAUAUUUUCUGUUUCACAAAGAUAAAAAUAAGUAUAUUUCUUAAGAUUGUUAAGGUUGCUUGGA